AGGUUUGGGGCGGAAGGAACAUCUCCAGCCGAGACGGAGCGGAAGAUGGCGUCGGAGGCGCUGCUGUCCAGUCUGUUGGGAUUGCUAUUUCUGGGGCUCCUUUUACCUGCGCGUCUGACGGGCGGUGUCGGGAGCCUGAAUUUGGAGGAGCUGAGUGAGAUGCGUUAUGGCAUCCAAAUCCUGCCGUUGCCUGUCAUGGGAGGGCAGAGCCAAGCUUCAGACGUGGUGGUUGUGUCUUCAAAGUACAAACAGCGCUAUGAGUGCCGCCUACCAGCUGGAGCUAUUCACUUCCAGCGUGAAAGGGAGGAGGAGACGCCUGCUUACCAGGGGCCCGGGAUCCCUGAAUUGUUGAGCCCAAUGAGAGAUGCCCCUUGUCUGCUGAAGACCAAGGACUGGUGGACAUAUGAAUUCUGUUAUGGACGCCAUAUCCAGCAGUACCAUAUGGAAGACUCAGAGAUCAAAGGUGAUGUCCUCUAUCUUGGCCACUACCAGUCAGCCUUCAACUGGGAUGACGAGACAGCCAAGGCCUCCAAGCAGCAUCGACUGAAACGCUACCACAGCCAGACCUACGGCAACGGGUCCAAAUGUGAUCUCAACGGGAAGCCCCGAGAAGCCGAGGUUCGGUUCGUGUGUGAUGAGGGCGCCGGCAUAUCUGGGGACUACAUUGAUCGGGUGGAUGAACCCUUCUCCUGCUCGUACGUGCUGACCAUUCGCACGUCGAAGCUCUGCCCACACCCUCUCCUCCGGCCACCAGCCAGCGCCGCCCCACAGGCCAUUCUCUGUCACCCAGCCCUGCAGCCCGACGAGUACAUGGCCUACCUUCAAAGGCAAGCUGAGUCAAAGCAGCGUGAAGAGAAAAUCACAGAGGAAGCUCAGGACACAGACCGCCACGUGUGGAGUGGAGACAAGGCUGCCGGAGCACCCCCAAAGAAAGAAGAUGCCAGUCCAGCCAAGGAAGAUAAAGAAUCAGAGCUUUGGAAAAUGCUUCAGGAGCCAGAGGAGCAGGCAGCAGGAAGAGAGGAGGCCCAGGCAGGGCAGGAACAGGACCUGAACCAGGAGACCGCAGCAAAUCCAGCUCCAAGCCCUCCCAAUGAUUUUCAGAAUAACAUGCAGGUCAAACUCAUCAGGAGUCCUGCAGACUUGAUACGACUAAUUGAGGAACUGAAAGCUGCAGAAAAGGGGAAGCCAAGCAUAAGGCAGGAGCAGCCUGGAGAUGAUGCCACAGAGACCCCUCAGAGAGAAGUGGAGGCAGCAGAGGGAAAGGGUGGUGAGCCCCGGGGUCUUGUGGAAGAGGAGGACGGUGAUGAGGAUGAGGACGAGGACGAGGAUGAGGACGAGCAGCAGCUCCUGGGAGAGUUUGAGAAGGAGCUGGAGGGGAUGCUGCUGCCCUCGGACCGAGAGCGCCUCCGCUCGGAGGUUAAGGCUGGCAUGGAGCAGAAGCUGGAAGACAUUAUCCAGGAGACAGAGAAGGAACUGGACCCAGAAGGGUUGAAGAAGGAGUCCGAGCGGGAGCAGGCAAUACUAGCUCUAACAUCCACUCUGGACAAACUCAUCAAGAGGCUGCAGGAGAACCAGAGUCCAGAGCUUGUGCAGAAAUACAAGAAAAGGAGAGUUGUCCCCCAAAAGCCUCCCCCAUCACCACACCCUACAGAGGAGGAGCCUGAGCACAGAGUCCGGGUCCGAGUCACCAAACUCCGUCCUGGAGGCCCCAAUCGGGACCUGACUAUCCUGGAGAUGAGCCGGGAAAACCCGCAGCUGAAACAGAUCGAGGGGCUGGUGACGGAAGUGCUGGAGAGGGAGGGGCUCACGGCGGAAGGCAAGAUUGAGAUCAAAAUCGUGCGACCCGGGGCUGAAGGUAAGGAGGAGGACACACGCUGGCUGACUGAUGAGGACACAAGAAACCUUAAGGAGAUUUUCUUCAAUAUCUUGGUGCAGGGAGCUGAAGAGGCCAGUAAAGAGCGCCAGCGCCAGAGUGAGCUGGAGAGCAACUACCGCCGCGUGUGGGGCUCCCCCAGUGCUGAGGACACUGGGGACCUGGAGGAGUUUGACUUCUGAGAACACCCUGCUCGGCCCUUUAAGGACUCCUGCAUCUUCCUGACCAUCUCUGCCUCCUUACACCCCACCCUGGGGCCCUGGAGGCAAAAGGGCAAAGUCCAGCCCAGCACUGGACUUCAGGGGGUCCAGCCCCAAGGGUAUGUGAGGGUGUGUGGGGACCCACGAGGGAGAGCUGUUACAGCUCCAGGGAGCCAGCCACCCUAAGGCCUCAGCCAGGCCUAGGGGUUCCACUCCCCAAACAUGCCCUUCUUUGCCCCUUUAGCUUUUCCUCUCCCCUAACUUCUUAGCACUUAACCCCACUCUACCCAGAGACUUGAUGAGACCUUGUGAGUGGCGGUGGCAAGGACAGCAGGACUGUGCAGAUCCCUGACCCUACCUCGCCCUACCCUACCUCCAUUCCUUGUCACUGCUUGGGAGCUGCUGCCCCUCCCUUGGAACCCCCACUUCCUGUCUCUGCUGUCCCUGUUACCUGUGCUUCUGAGCCCAGACUAUCUCUUGUCACUGAGGGAAUGAGAGACCUUUCUUAUCACCUCACAAACAACCCAGCAGAAGGGGUUGGAGAUGGAGCCGCCCCCUCGUUCUUCAGCAAUCAGGUUUCUAAAUAAAAGACUGGACUGUCUCUCUA